AUGGCCACUCUGACAGAGGCCUACAUCUGUCAUGUCGGCAAUGUCCUCGACCUCCUUCUCCACGACAAAGAUCUCGACACCGAAUCACACUCCUUCUCCUCUCCCAACCCCCUCCCACUCGAGUUCGUCGAUGCCUCCACGCCGCAGUAUAUUCACGGCGUCGAUGCCACUCUCCAGAGCCUCGUUCAAAAGAUGUUCAAGAUGGAGCAGGAGCUAGCCUGGCACAGGAAGCACUUCAAGGCAAUGCAUCCUGGCACCACAAUCACCCCAGACAUCACCCUCGCCCCUCCUAUCCUCACUCCCCCCGUCGACUCGCUCUCCCAGCCCCCUUCGGCCUCCUCCCGCUGGGCCGACGGCAAUUGGGAGUUUGUCAACCACACUGCAACCUACACAAGCGUCCUCACCGAGAGGACUCUGCCCACCAAGUGCUCGCCUCCCCCGUCAUCCAUUGAUACCCUCGUGCCUGAGCUCGUAUCCGGCACCCUUACUCCCCCAACCCUUGGCGCAUCCCUCGCUGCAUCUCACUCCUCCAAUGCCUCCGAGAAGGUCGCCGUUUGCCUUAAUGGUCAUAUCCCAGCUUCCACCUCCGAUACCUCCGCAACACCCGCAGUCAUGGCUACCAGAUCAACGACAACAGCAUCAACAACAGCACCAGCAACAACCACAACAGCAGCUGCCACCACCCCAACAGAGGCGAUGCCCUGCGCUCAAUGCAUCCACAACUGCGCUCAAGUUGCUGCAGCAGUAGUCAAAGGUGACCUCAGUGUCCGGAUACACUGCACCAACCUCAUCUGCCAACAAUCAAACUUAUUCAUGUCUGUCAACGAAAUGGUCGCCAAACUAUCCAACUUUACAGCAGAGGUCAUCCAGGUGGCUGCCCAGGGAGUCGAGGGUAGACUGGGUGUCCAAGCCAAGAUGGAGGACGAACGAGGCAUCUGGAGAGAGUUUGUCAACCAUCUCAAUACCAUGACUGUCAGCCAUUCAGAGCAAGUGCGAGAUAUUGCCUCUGUUUGUACCGCCGUCGCCCAUGGCGAUCUCAGCCAAAAGAUCACAGUUGCUGUCAAGGGCGAGACCCUGGUCCUGAAGAACACCAUCAACACAAUGGUGGACCAGCUCCGUUCAUUCUCUUCCGAGGUCACUCGAGUCGCUCACGAGGUCGGAACAGAAGGAAAAUUGGGCGGUCAGGCCCACGUCAAGGGCGUCGAUGGUACCUGGAAGGAACUCACGGACAACGUCAACACUAUGGCUGAAAACCUGACGGCACAGGUUCGAGACAUCGCCAGUGUCAGCAAGGCCGUUGCUCGAGGAGACUUGUCGAAAAAGAUUUCUGUCGAGGUCAAGGGUGAGAUGAUGGACCUCAAGAACACUAUCAACACCAUGGUGGAUCAGCUUCAGGAAUUCGCCACCGAGGUAUCUCGGGUCAGUUUGGAAGUCGGAACCGAGGGCAAACUGGGUGGUCAGGCGCACGUCAAGGAUGUCAGUGGAACAUGGAAGGAACUGACUGACAACGUCAACCUGAUGGCUGAGAACCUGACAGCACAGGUGAGAGACAUUGCUACCGUCUGUAAGGCCGUCGCUUGCGGAGAUCUCACCAAGAAGGUCAGCGUCCCUGUCCAAGGAGAGAUUUUGGAGCUCAAGGAGACAAUGAACACUAUGGUGGACCAGUUGCGUACCUUUGCUGCCGAAGUCACUCGUGUCGCCCGCGAGGUCGGAACAGAAGGAAAACUUGGCGGUCAGGCCGAGGUCGAGGGCGUCGACGGUACCUGGAAGGAGCUCACAGACAAUGUCAAUACCAUGGCGGAAAACCUGACCGCUCAGGUGCGAGACAUAGCCAGUGUCAGUAAGGCCGUCGCCAAGGGAGACUUGUCCAAGAAGAUCUCUGUCGAAGUCAAAGGAGAGAUGAUGGACCUCAAGCACACCAUCAACACCAUGGUGGAUCAACUGCAGGAGUUCGCCACCGAGGUGUCCCGUGUCGCUCGUGAAGUCGGAACCGAAGGUCGACUGGGUGGCCAGGCCGAAGUGAAGGGUGUUGAUGGUACGUGGAAGGAGCUCACAGACAAUGUCAACACCAUGGCCGCCAACCUUACGGCCCAGGUCCGAGAUAUUGCCAGCGUCACCACUGCCGUCGCUUGUGGAGAUCUCAGCAAGACUAUUGAUGUUGAGGCCCAAGGAGAGAUCUCGGAGGUGAAGAAGACCGUGAACUCAAUGGUGGAACAGCUUCGAACCUUUGCCGCUGAAGUCACGCGUGUCGCCCGUGAGGUCGGUACCGAGGGUAAGCUUGGUGGACAGGCCCAUGUCAAGGGCGUCGACGGCACCUGGAAGGAGCUCACAGACAAUGUCAACACCAUGGCCGCCAACCUUACAGCCCAGGUCCGAGAUAUCGCCAGUGUCAGUAAAGCCGUGGCUCGAGGAGACUUGUCCAAGAAGAUUUCCGUCGAGGUCAAGGGUGAGAUGAUGGACCUCAAGCACACCAUUAACAUUAUGGUCGACCAGCUGCAGGAAUUCGCUACCGAAGUCUCUCGAGUCAGUUUGGAAGUCGGUACCGAAGGCAAACUCGGAGGACAGGCUGUAGUCAAAGAUGUCAGCGGUACCUGGAAAGAACUCACAGACAACGUCAACACCAUGGCGUCCAACCUGACAACCCAGGUGCGAUCGAUUGCCGAGGUCACCACUGCCGUCGCUUGCGGAGAUCUCAGUAAAACCAUUGACGUCCAAGCGCAGGGCGAGAUCUCAGAGGUGAAGCUUACUGUCAACUCCAUGGUCGAACAGCUUCGUACCUUUGCUGCUGAAGUCACGCGUGUCGCCCGUGAAGUCGGUACCGAAGGCAAGCUUGGCGGACAGGCCCAUGUCAAGGGCGUCGACGGCACCUGGAAAGAACUUACCGACAACGUCAAUACCAUGGCCGCCAAUCUCACAGCCCAGGUCCGAGAUAUAGCCAGUGUCAGUAAGGCCGUCGCCAAGGGAGAUUUGUCCAAGAAGGUUUCCGUCGAGGUCAAGGGUGAGAUGAUGGACCUCAAAGAUACCAUCAAUACCAUGGUCGACCAGCUUCAGGAGUUUGCCACCGAGGUGUCUCGCGUGAGUUUGGAGGUCGGUACCGAAGGCAAGCUCGGAGGACAAGCUGUGGUCAAGGAUGUCAGCGGCACCUGGAAGGAACUCACAGACAACGUCAAUACCAUGGCCUCGAACCUGACCACUCAAGUGCGUUCGAUUGCUGAGGUCACCACCGCCGUCGCCUUUGGAGAUCUGAGUAAGACCAUUGAUGUCGAGGCGCAGGGUGAGAUUUCCGAGCUCAAGAAGACUGUCAACUCCAUGGUGGAACAACUUCGUACUUUCGCCGCUGAGGUUACUCGUGUCGCUCGCGAGGUCGGUACCGAGGGAAAACUCGGCGGACAGGCCCAAGUCAAGGGAGUGGACGGUGUGUGGAAGGAGCUCACCGGAAACGUCAAUACCAUGGCCGCCAAUCUUACCACACAAGUUCGAUCGAUUGCCGAGGUUACCACCGCCGUCGCCUGUGGAGACCUGAGCAAGACCAUCGAUGUGGAGGCCCAAGGAGAGAUUUCGGAGCUCAAGCUUACUGUCAACUCCAUGGUGGAGCAGCUGCGAAUGUUCGCCGCCGAGGUCACGCGUGUCGCUCGUGAGGUUGGAACCGAGGGUCGUCUUGGUGGGCAGGCCGAAGUCAAGGGAGUCGAUGGUACCUGGAAGGAGCUCACAGACAAUGUCAACACCAUGGCAGCCAACCUUACAGCCCAGGUCCGAGAUAUCGCCAGUGUCAGUAAAGCCGUGGCUCGAGGAGACUUGUCCAAGAAGAUUUCCGUCGAGGUCAAGGGAGAGAUGAUGGACCUCAAGCACACCAUUAACAUCAUGGUCGACCAGCUGCAGGAGUUUGCCACCGAGGUGUCUCGCGUGAGUCUGGAAGUCGGUACCGAGGGCAAACUCGGUGGUCAAGCGGAGGUGCGAGACGUCAGCGGCACCUGGAAAGAGCUCACAGACAACGUCAACACCAUGGCGUCCAACCUGACAACCCAGGUGCGAUCGAUUGCUGAGGUCACCACCGCUGUCGCUUGCGGAGACCUUAGUAAGACCAUCGAUGUCGAGGCGCAGGGUGAGAUUUCCGAGCUCAAGAAGACUGUCAACUCCAUGGUGGAACAACUUCGUACUUUCGCCGCUGAGGUUACUCGUGUCGCUCGCGAGGUCGGUACCGAGGGCAAGCUCGGCGGACAGGCCCAAGUCAAGGGAGUGGACGGUGUGUGGAAGGAGCUCACCGGAAACGUCAAUACCAUGGCUGCCAAUCUUACCACCCAAGUCCGAUCGAUUGCCGAGGUCACCACCGCCGUCGCCUGUGGAGACCUGAGCAAGACCAUCGAUGUCGAGGCCCAAGGAGAGAUCUCGGAGCUGAAGAAGACCGUGAACUCGAUGGUGGAACAGCUGCGUACUUUCGCCGCCGAGGUCACGCGUGUCGCCCGUGAGGUCGGAACUGAAGGUCGAUUGGGAGGUCAAGCUGAGGUUGAAGAUGUGGGCGGUACCUGGAGAGAACUCACCGAAAACGUCAACACGAUGGCCUCGAAUCUUACGACCCAGAUGAGAGAUAUCGCCGAUGUCAGCAAAGCCGUUGCCAAGGGAGAUCUCACCAAGAAGAUUACAGUCAGCGUCAAGGGUGAGAUUUUGGACCUGAAGAACACUAUUAACUCCAUGGUGGAUCAACUCUCCACAUUCGCUGCCGAGGUCACUCGUGUCGCCCGCGAGGUCGGCACUGAGGGUCGAUUGGGAGGUCAAGCAGAGGUUGAAGAUGUGGGCGGUACCUGGAGAGAGCUCACAGACAACGUCAACACCAUGGCAUCUAACUUGACAACUCAGAUGAGAGAUAUCGCCGAUGUUAGUAAGGCUGUCGCCAAGGGAGAUUUGACCCAGAAGAUCUCUGUCGACGCCAAGGGUGAGAUUCUGGACUUGAAGAACACCAUUAACAGAAUGGUGGACCAGUUGUCGACAUUCUCAGCAGAGGUCACCCGUGUCGCUCGUGAGGUCGGUACGGAAGGAAAGUUGGGAGGCCAAGCCGAGGUAGAGGAUGUCGGAGGCACUUGGAAGGAGUUGACCGACAAUGUCAACACCAUGGCCUCGAAUCUUACGACUCAAGUCAGAGAUAUCGCUGACGUGAGUAAGGCUGUUGCCAAGGGAGACCUGUCCAAGAAGAUCUCCGUCGAGGUUAAGGGUGAGAUGAUGGACCUCAAGCACACCAUCAACACCAUGGUCGACCAGUUGCAAGAGUUCGCUACCGAGGUGUCCCGUGUGAGUCUGGAAGUCGGUACCGAAGGCAAACUCGGAGGACAGGCUGUAGUCAAAGAUGUCAGCGGUACCUGGAAGGAACUCACAGACAACGUCAACACCAUGGCGUCCAACCUCACCACUCAGGUCCGAUCGAUUGCUGAGGUCACCACUGCUGUCGCCUGCGGAGACCUCAGUAAGACCAUCGACGUCCAGGCCCAGGGUGAGAUUUCGGAGGUCAAGAUUACUGUGAACUCUAUGGUGGAGCAACUCCGUACCUUCGCUGCCGAGGUCACCCGUGUCGCUCGUGAGGUCGGAACUGAGGGUAAACUUGGCGGUCAAGCUAAUGUGCGCAACGUCGAUGGUGUGUGGAAGGAGCUGACCGGAAACGUCAAUACCAUGGCCGCCAACCUUACUACCCAAGUCCGAUCGAUUGCAGAGGUUACCACUGCCGUCGCUUGCGGAGAUCUCAGCAAGACCAUCGAUGUGGAGGCCCAAGGAGAGAUUUCGGAGCUCAAGCUUACUGUCAACUCCAUGGUCGAGCAGCUUCGUACCUUUGCUGCUGAAGUCACGCGUGUCGCCCGUGAAGUCGGUACCGAGGGUAAGCUUGGCGGACAGGCCCAUGUCAAGGGCGUCGACGGCACCUGGAAGGAGCUCACAGACAACGUCAACACCAUGGCGGAGAACCUGACCGCUCAGGUGCGAGACAUAGCCAGUGUCAGUAAGGCCGUCGCCAAGGGAGACUUGUCCAAGAAGGUUUGCGUCGAGGUCAAGGGAGAGAUGAUGGACCUCAAAGAUACCAUCAAUACCAUGGUCGACCAGCUUCAGGAGUUUGCCACCGAGGUGUCUCGCGUGAGUUUGGAGGUCGGUACCGAAGGCAAACUCGGAGGACAAGCUGUGGUCAAGGAUGUCAGCGGCACCUGGAAGGAACUCACAGACAACGUCAAUACCAUGGCCUCGAACCUGACCACUCAAGUGCGAUCGAUUGCUGAGGUCACCACCGCCGUCGCCUUUGGAGAUCUGAGUAAGACCAUUGAUGUCGAGGCGCAGGGUGAGAUUUCCGAGCUCAAGAAGACUGUCAACUCGAUGGUGGAGCAGCUUCGUACCUUUGCCGCCGAGGUCACGCGUGUCGCCCGUGAGGUCGGUACCGAGGGCAAACUUGGUGGACAGGCCCAUGUCAAGGGCGUCGACGGUACCUGGAAGGAGCUCACAGACAACGUCAAUACCAUGGCGGAAAACCUGACCGCUCAGGUGCGAGACAUAGCCAGUGUCAGUAAGGCCGUCGCCAAGGGAGACUUGUCCAAGAAGAUCUCUGUCGAAGUCAAAGGAGAGAUGAUGGACCUCAAGCACACCAUCAACACCAUGGUGGAUCAACUGCAGGAGUUCGCCACCGAGGUGUCCCGUGUCGCUCGUGAAGUCGGAACCGAAGGUCGACUGGGUGGCCAGGCCGAAGUGAAGGGUGUUGAUGGUACGUGGAAGGAGCUCACAGACAAUGUCAACACCAUGGCCGCCAACCUUACGGCCCAGGUCCGAGAUAUUGCCAGCGUCACCACUGCCGUCGCUUGCGGAGAUCUCAGCAAGACUAUUGAUGUUGAGGCCCAAGGAGAGAUCUCGGAGGUGAAGAAGACCGUGAACUCAAUGGUGGAACAGCUUCGUACCUUUGCUGCCGAGGUUACCCGUGUCGCCCGUGAGGUCGGCACCGAGGGAAAACUCGGCGGACAGGCCCAAGUCAAGGGUGUGGACGGUGUGUGGAAGGAGCUGACCGGAAACGUAAAUACCAUGGCUGCCAAUCUUACCACCCAAGUCCGAUCGAUUGCCGAGGUUACCACCGCCGUCGCUUGUGGAGACCUGAGCAAGACCAUCGAUGUGGAGGCCCAAGGAGAGAUUUCGGAGCUCAAGCUUACUGUCAACUCCAUGGUGGAGCAGCUGCGAAUGUUCGCCGCCGAGGUCACGCGUGUCGCUCGUGAGGUUGGAACCGAGGGUCGUCUUGGUGGGCAGGCCGAAGUCAAGGGAGUCGAUGGUACCUGGAAGGAGCUCACAGACAAUGUCAACACCAUGGCCGCCAAUCUCACAGCCCAGGUCCGAGAUAUAGCCAGUGUCAGUAAGGCCGUUGCCAAGGGAGAUUUGUCCAAGAAGGUUUCCGUCGAGGUCAAGGGUGAGAUGAUGGACCUCAAAGAUACCAUCAAUACCAUGGUCGACCAGCUUCAGGAGUUUGCCACCGAGGUGUCUCGCGUGAGUUUGGAGGUCGGUACCGAAGGCAAGCUCGGAGGACAAGCUGUGGUCAAGGAUGUCAGCGGCACCUGGAAGGAACUCACAGACAACGUCAAUACCAUGGCCUCGAACCUGACCACUCAAGUGCGUUCGAUUGCUGAGGUCACCACCGCCGUCGCCUUUGGAGAUCUGAGUAAGACCAUUGAUGUCGAGGCGCAGGGUGAGAUUUCCGAGCUCAAGAAGACUGUCAACUCGAUGGUGGAGCAGCUGAGGACGUUCGCCGCCGAGGUCACGCGUGUCGCUCGUGAGGUCGGUACCGAGGGCAAACUUGGUGGACAGGCCCAUGUCAAGGGCGUCGACGGCACCUGGAAGGAGCUCACAGACAAUGUCAACACCAUGGCGGAAAACCUGACCGCUCAGGUGCGAGACAUAGCCAGUGUCAGUAAGGCUGUCGCCAAGGGAGACUUGUCCAAGAAGGUUUCCGUCGAGGUCAAGGGUGAGAUGAUGGACCUCAAAGAUACCAUCAAUACCAUGGUCGACCAGCUUCAGGAGUUUGCCACCGAGGUGUCUCGCGUGAGUUUGGAGGUCGGUACCGAAGGCAAACUCGGAGGACAGGCUGUAGUCAAAGAUGUCAGCGGUACCUGGAAGGAACUCACAGACAACGUCAACACCAUGGCCUCGAACCUGACCACUCAAGUGCGAUCGAUUGCUGAGGUCACCACCGCCGUCGCUUGUGGAGACCUGAGCAAGACCAUUGAUGUGGAGGCCCAAGGAGAGAUUUCGGAGCUCAAGCUUACUGUCAACUCCAUGGUGGAGCAGCUGCGAAUGUUCGCCGCCGAGGUCACGCGUGUCGCCCGUGAGGUUGGAACUGAGGGUCGUCUUGGUGGGCAGGCUGUAGUCAAGGGAGUCGAUGGCACCUGGAAGGAGCUUACCGACAACGUCAAUACCAUGGCCGCCAAUCUCACAGCCCAGGUCCGAGAUAUAGCCAGUGUCAGUAAGGCUGUCGCCAAGGGAGACUUGUCCAAGAAGGUUUGCGUCGAGGUCAAGGGAGAGAUGAUGGACCUCAAAGAUACCAUCAAUACCAUGGUCGACCAGCUUCAGGAGUUUGCCACCGAGGUCACGCGUGUCAGUCUGGAGGUCGGAACUGAAGGCAAGCUCGGAGGACAGGCUGUGGUCAAGGAUGUUAGCGGCACCUGGAAGGAACUCACAGACAACGUCAACACCAUGGCGUCCAACCUGACCACUCAAGUGCGUUCGAUUGCUGAGGUCACCACCGCCGUCGCCUUUGGAGAUCUGAGUAAGACCAUUGAUGUCGAGGCCCAAGGAGAGAUCUCGGAGGUGAAGAAGACUGUCAACUCGAUGGUGGAACAGCUUCGUACCUUUGCCGCCGAGGUCACGCGUGUCGCUCGCGAGGUCGGUACCGAGGGUCGUCUUGGUGGACAGGCCCAAGUCAAGGGUGUGGAUGGUGUGUGGAAGGAGCUCACCGGAAACGUGAACACCAUGGCCGCCAAUCUUACCACCCAAGUCCGAUCAAUUGCCGAAGUUACCACCGCCGUCGCUUGUGGAGACCUUAGCAAGAAGAUUACAGUCAACGCCAAGGGAGAGAUUUUGGACCUGAAGAACACUAUUAACUCCAUGGUGGAUCAACUCUCUACAUUCGCUAAUGAGGUGACGCGUGUCGCUCGUGAGGUUGGAACCGAAGGAAAGCUUGGAGUGCAGGCCCAGGUCCGCGAUGUCCGUGGAAAUUGGAAAGAGAUUACCUCGAAUGUCAACACCAUGGCCUCUAACUUGACAGCCCAGGUGCGAGCCUUUGCUUCCAUCUCUACUGCAGCUACGGACGGAGACUUCACCCAGUUCAUCACAGUUGAGGCUUCCGGAGAGAUGGACUCUCUCAAGACCAAGAUCAACCAGAUGGUGUACAACCUGCGCGAGAGUAUCCAAAAGAACACGGCGGCUCGUGAAGCUGCUGAGUUGGCCAACCGGUCCAAGUCAGAGUUCUUGGCUAACAUGUCUCACGAGAUUCGCACUCCUAUGAAUGGUAUUAUCGGAAUGACGAGUUUGACGCUAGAAUCGGAGCUCACCCGUCAGCAGCGCGAGAACUUGGUGAUUGUCAGCAACCUCGCACACUCGCUUUUGACUAUUAUCGACGACAUUCUUGAUAUCUCCAAGAUCGAGGCCGGAAAGAUGACAAUUGAGCAGGCGCCCUUCUCGCUCAGAACCCAAGCCUUUGGCGUCCUGAGGACGCUCGCGGUGAAGGCCCAUCAGAAGAAACUGGAUCUCAUUUACAACGUGCACAACGACUUCCCAGACCAGCUCGUCGGAGACCCUCUCAGACUUCGCCAAGUCAUUACGAACCUUAUCGGAAACGCCAUCAAGUUCACGACGGAAGGAAGUGUUGUCCUCGACUGCGUUUGCAAGAACAAGACAGAUGUCGGUGUCGAGCUGCAGUUCUGUGUUUCGGACACUGGUAUCGGUAUCCAGAGCGACAAGAUUGAAGUUGUCUUUGACACCUUCUGCCAGGCCGAUGGUUCUACGACGCGCAAGUACGGUGGAACUGGUCUUGGUUUGUCGAUCUCGAAGCGUCUGGUGACUCUGAUGGGAGGAGACCUCUGGGUGAACAGUACUUUUGGAAAGGGAUCCCAGUUCUUCUUCACGGUUCGAUUCAACACUGGCACCAUGUCGGUGGACCAGAUCAACCUCAAGACCAAGCCCUACUCUGGACGCCAUAUCCUCUACAUGGGCACGAUGCGCGACGAUGUGAUCUCCCAGUCUGUGAUGAGGACAUUGGAGGAGCUCCGCUUCAAGGCUACCCACGUCAGUUCUCUGGAGCAAGCUGCCGAACUGGGUCCCCAGUCUGGAUCUGGCGUCACCCAGGAAAAGUCCAUGUUUGAUGUGGUGAUUGUCGACAAUGUCAGGGACAUCCGCAAGAUCAAGGAGAUUGGAAUGCUUCGUUUCCUGCCCAUUGUGCUGUUGUCGAUGACGACGCCCUACAUCAGCAUGAAGGUCUGCCAGGAGCUCGGCAUUGCCAGUUACUUCAACCCACCCGUCCAGCUGCCGGAUCUGAUGAAUGCACUUUUGCCAGCCUUCGAGUCUGCGUCUGCUCUUCCUUCUGACGCCGAGCACGCUAUUCCUCUGCACAUUCUGUUGGCAGAGGAUAACGUCGUCAACCAGAAGCUGGCGGUCCGUAUCCUCGAGAAGUUUGGUCACAAGGUGACGAUCGUCUCGAACGGCAAGAUGGCGGUCGAGUGCUUUGAUAACAAGCACUUUGACCUGAUUCUGAUGGAUGUGCAGAUGCCUAUCAUGGGAGGCUUUGAGGCUACGCAGGAGAUCCGGAAACUGGAACGAUUGAAGGGCAAGAGCGAUCGCCUUCCAAUUAUUGCCCUGACGGCCCACGCCAUGAUUGGCGACCGAGAGAAGUGUCUUGCCGCUGGCAUGGACGAAUAUAUUACCAAACCACUUCGUGUGAACGAGUUGAUUGCUACGAUCAACAAGUUCCCGCCCAAGAACUGUCCGGAUCUCGCGCAGCACGAUCCGUACUACGACUACCCGCACCAGCGAUCGGGCUACAGCCCACCGCAUGAUACCAGCGCCCACUUUUUGUUCAAGAAACCAUGA